UCGAUUCGAUCUUCAGGAUUUGAUGCCAGUGUGUGCACAGGCGGGAAAGAGAAGCAGAGGGACAUUCUGCUCCCUUUGGUGACCCAACGAGGACGGGAGUUCCAUACAUAUUCAUUCGGAAGACGGAUCGAAUUGCAAAAAAUGAACAUCUCCCAAAACGACUCUUGCUUUCCAACAGCCGAGUUCCAGUUCUACCUCUUUCCAGCUGUCUAUGGCACUGCGCUCGUGUUUGGGCUCUUCGGCAACCUGUUUGCCCUCUAUGUGUUCACCUUCAGGGUCACAGCGCACACCUCAUCUAUCAUAUUUGUCGUCAACCUGGCACUGGCCGACACGGCCUUCCUUUGCACGCUACCCUUCCGCAUCCACUACCACGUGAACUCCAACGACUGGGUGUUUGGUGACCUGGCAUGCCGCAUCACCGGCACCCUGUUCUUUGCCAACAUCUACAUCAGCAUCGCCUUCCUCACCUGCAUCUGCAUUGACCGCUACAUUGCCACGGUGCACCCGCACACCUACCUGCGACUCCAACGAACCCGCUGGUCCCGGCUGGUCAGCCUGGCCGUGUGGCUGGUGACCGGAGCUGCUGCCGUGGCUUUCAUUGUGGCAGGUCCUCUGGAGAGUGACCCAGGGAGUAGACAGGUGGGGCAGCGCAGCUGCUUCGAAAACUUCUCCGAGCAUGAGUGGAGUACUCGCAUGGUGCUCUACAGCGUCUGCAGCUUUGUGUUCGGCUCGUUGGUGCCCUUCGUCAUCAUUAUGGUCUGCUACCCGGUGGUAGCUCGCCGCAUCGCCCGCAUUCACACAGCCACCAGCCGACGGGCAUUACGAAUUAUCUGCGCCAUCCUGACCAUAACCGUGAUCUGCUUCCUGCCCUACCACGUUGUCCACCUUCUGCACCUGCUCAUGCGCCGUGGGAUCAUCCAGCACUGCGCCUACGUCACUGCCAUCUAUCAGGCGCGUCGUGUCACUGUGGCCUUGGUGAGCCUCAACAGCUGUCUAGACCCAGUGCUCUACUACUUCACCACUGGCUACUGCAAGUGGGCCUCCUUCAGGUGGCUGCGGACUCACAAGACCAAAGGGGUCUACAUCAUCUCCAAGGACAUCUGA